AACCAACAUGGACGGAGGGGGAAGUGAUCGGUCGCAGACUCCGUCCUAUGACUCCGAUGUUCCUGAACCAGGAGCGGGAGGAACUGUGAUCCUUGCUCCCACUGACUCUUACGCGGAUCUUACCCAAGGAUGGCAGGGGAGUUUACACGAAAUUCGCCGCCCAAGACACUCGAGUGGGACAAUUAGUGAAAUAACGAACCGCUCCAAACCCGAGCUGGCAGGUGAAAAACAGGAAAGAGAAAAAGAUGGAGAACUUAAAGACAAACUCAAUGAGUUACAAGUGACAGACGAUGAAGAUUUGUCCCUUACGUCUUCUGAUGAGACAACAGCCAGCAAGGAAGAUGAAAAGGAAGGAGGGCAAACUGCAGCAGUAUCUAGUGGUCCAUCCGCAUCAGGUUUAACUGUGAUAGAGAGUGACUCCGAGGAGAAUGUGCAAACAGAGGCCUGGAGGAGUCAAAGAAAACAUAUAUUUGUUCUUAGUGAGGCAGGGAAACCUAUUUACUCAAGGUAUGGGAAAGAAGACAAGUUGGUCACCAUCAUGGGUGUGAUGCAGGCUUUAGUGUCCUUCCUGCAGGACGGUAAUGACAGUUUACGCUGCCUUGUUGCAGGGAAACAUAAGUUUGUAUUCCUUAACAGGGAGAACCUGAACUUAGUGGCAGUAGCAAAGACUGAAGACUCAUACCAUCAACUUUUAUUCCAAUUAACUUAUGUAUACAAUCAGAUCAUUAGUGUGUUGACAUAUACACAAUUGAACAAGAUAUUCAAACAGAGACGGAACUAUGAUCUAAGGAGGCUUUUAACGGGGUCGGAGAAGUUUAUAGAUAAUUUAUUGCACUUGAUGGACCAUGAGCCGAGUUUUUUGCUGGGAGCUGUGAGAUGUCUGCCCUUACCCAGCUCUACAAGAGAGAAUAUAGCUCAGAGUAUUGUACAGAAUGCUAAUGUAAAGGAUUUGGUGUUUGCCAUUCUACUGGCAAAUAACCAGCUCAUUACUCUGGUGAGGAUGAAGAAAUAUUUCCUGCAUCCAUCAGAUCUUCACCUCAUCAUCAAUCUAGUCAAUGCCUCGGAGAGUUUCAAAGCUGCUGAGUCAUGGACACCAAUAUGUCUGCCAAAAUUUGAUGCAAGUGGGUUUCUUCAUGCCUAUGUCUCCUAUCUGGACCCUGGAUGUCAGACAUGUCUGCUCCUUCUCACUGUUGACAGGGACAUGUUCUUUACCCUAUCUGAGUGCAGGCAGAAAAUAGUGGAUAGGUUAAACAGAUACAAUUGCCUGACUGCUAUAACCGAGGCUCUUGCCAGGACGUCAUACAGUAUAUCACAGGUGGGGAUAGCAGAUCUCAGGCACUUCAUGUACAAGUCCAAGAGCACUGCACAGUACACCAGUCCUGAGCUAGACGCCCCCUAUACCACCAAAGAGGAACAAGAGAGAUUGUUUGGUCUGUACCUGUACCUUCACCAUAGAAUCCAUAGUUCUGCUAGACCAUUGAAAAUAUUAUUCCAUGUGGGAGCUAAUGAGACAUUGUUAGGAUGGAUGACGUCGGGUUUUGAGCUCUACACGGUGUUUGGCCCUCUGGUGACCAAAACUCAAGCCAUCACGUCCAUCAACAAACUCCUCAAGUGGAUCAAGAGAGAGGAGGACAGACUGUUUAUUCUGAAUGCACCAACCUUCUGAUGUUAAGGGGGACAAACAUUUUGUUCCCUUUAAUAAGAAUGGAAUUAAGCAGGGAAGUUAACUUAACAUUCCUCAGCUUUAAGAUACUUCAGGUCAACUUUUUAAAUUAUCAUGGUAGUAUCAAAGUUUGGUGGUGUUUGGUAUAAUAUAGUGGCCUUGAUUUCCACAGAAUUUUAUACAAGAAUGGAGUCAGAACUAGAGUUAUCAAAAAAUGACUUUGUUGUUUUAUAAAUGCACAUAUGCAUAUCUGUGGGGAUGUACAAAAAAGCUAACAGCUUUUUAGUAUUGAUAAGAUUUCAACAAAUACAAAUACAUGUGGGGCAUGUCAGGAUCUCCAAUGCAGUGAUACUGUGUUAGCAUCCAUUUUUUUCUAUUUUUUAUGUCUUCUCUUGCAAGAUUUAGGUCAGUGCUGAUAAUACUGUGAAUGAGAAAGUUAGAUAUUUUGUGAGGAGUUUUUACAAAGGAUUGGUGACUGCAUAUAUGACAUGUUCAGUCAGUUAGGAUCUGUGAGGGUCACUUGAUAGAUAAAAAUGUGUAAAAGUGGAUUUUUCAACAGGAUAAUGUGCAAUGCAACUGUUCACCUAUUAAUUUAAAGUAAUUUUUAUUGAAACUGUCAUCUAAUAUCAAACUAAAAUAUCAUCUUGCUGAUGAUGAGUGCAUGACUCAGUAAACAUAUAUCUGUUUUUUUUUUCUUUUUUUUUUUAACAAGUUGGUAGUAGCAUCAUUACAUUUUAGGAGCAAAUUACACAAUCUUUAAACUAAAAGCUAAGACGUGUAAUGAUACUGUAUAUGUACAGAUAGCUGGAUAGCAUCUAUCCAUACAUGUUUUUAAGGACACAGGGCAUCAAGAAUCUUUUUAUAUAAGCUGCAUGGUUUCCUGUGUAUUUCAAUUAACAAUGAGACACACACUUAAACCUGAACUGGUGAAGUUCUGGAUGGCAUCACGAGAUGAUCAAAUUAAUCUACUUUUUUGCUGCAGCACUCCAUGGAAAUCUCAGGUGGACUUUGUUCACCUGGCUGAUUAAUUGGCAUUAAUAAGAGUCAUACAUGUGGCUUUGCAGCCUAUUGCUACCCUUGUAUAUUGAUUACUUUUAAAGGUGUUAAGUCUUGAGUCCCUGUAUGAGUGCCUCAUUAUAGAUGAGACCUGGGUAUUAAAAAAACGCAAUAAAGGCACAUAAUCUUAAGUCAUUUUGAAAAGUACGAGUAAUAGAUGUUAAGAUUUGUUACAUAAAUGUUUCAUAUCAAAAAGGGAUAAUAGCUAUAAAUGAGGCGAGUAAUGCCAUCUUAUGGUUUGUCAUGGGGGGGGGUCUCACAAAAAAGGUUAAUAUCUAUAGGGGGGUGAUUGACCCAGUAUGUGUGGAUGUACCCUGGAUGUCAUAACUCAGUGGGUAUUCACAUUAUAAUAGUGAUGAGGUCCCAGUGUUCUUGGAGACUCGGGGUAUAGUAAUGGGGCUCAUUUUUGUACUCUUCUAAUGUGUAGCUGCAUUGUGCCGUCUCCUGCUUUUUUAUCUCUGAUUUUAUUUUUUUAAAAAGGCAGCAAAACUGGAGGUGUUCAUUUUGGGCCUUUUUUUCUGUGUGACAGAACUUAAAAGCAACCAGGUCCAUUUCGUGGUUUCAGAGAGUUUAUUAUAUGUUUAGAUUCGGCAAAUGCACGUAUUUGAUUUGAUGAUUUUGCAUUGGUAUUCAGAUGUUUCAAUUAAAUGACCAGUUGCGUAAUUCAAUACCUAAAUGAGGAAAUUAUUAUUGUUUUUGAUAAAGAUAGCUUUUUCCCCUGGUUCAUUUGAAGAACGGCGUGGAUAUUGAUUCGUGGUAGAUAUUUCUGUAUUUUUAUAAGAAAUCAUAAAAGAGGGUUUUUUUUCUUAUUUUGGGGUUAGGCUAUAGCGAAUAUAGGGAUACUUUCAAAAUAUUUGUGCGAAAUGUUGAAGUGCAAAGAGUUUUAAUAAGUUGAUUAUUAACACGCUUCGAAUAUUGUUUCUUAGCUGUUCACCACAAGAUUUUCAAUUUUAGGGAGUUCAAACAAACUUCUAGAGUUCAAACGUAAUCUUUGAUAAAAACUUGUUAAGAUAAUACUGUAGGUUAAUUCCUGAGCACUGGACUGUGCUUUAGGCUUUUUAAAUGGUGAAUUUGAAUGUUUCAUCAUACUAGUAUAGCCACAUUUGUGUACAUAAAAAGAAGAUUUUAUUGUUUUGAUAGACAAAUGUUUAAAUUGUGUAAAUACAUAUGUCGCCCUAUCAGAGGGCAGUAAUUUAUGAAAAAUCUUUGAAAUUAUUGAAAAAAAUAAAAUAUUGAAAAGUAACUGAGGACAUUUUUGGUUGAUUCAUUUGCCCCUGUCCUUUCUUUUCUUUUUGUUA